UUCCGGAGGCUUCUGGGUAGCGAAUUACCCCCGCCCCCCGCACCGGCGCCUUCCUUUCCGUCCCUGACGCCGCCGAAGUCGCACGCGCGAGGCUUCUCCGCCGUCGCCAAGAUGCGCUACGUCGCCUCCUACCUGCUGGCCGCCCUCGGGGGCAAUUCCUCCCCCAACGCCAAGGACAUCAAGAAGAUCUUGGACAGCGUGGGCAUCGAGGCGGACGACGACCGGCUCAAUAAGGUCAUCAGUGAGCUGAACGGAAAGAACAUCGAGGACGUCAUUGCCCAGGGCGUUGGCAAGCUGGCCGGCGUGCCCGCUGGCGGGGCUGUGGCCGUCUCUGCGGCCCCGGGGGCUGCAGCUCCUGCUGCGGGUCCUGCCCCAGCCGCAGCAGAGGAGAAGAAGGAGGAGAAGAAGGAGGAGUCAGAAGAGUCAGAUGACGACAUGGGGUUCGGCUUGUUUGACUAGAGUCCCCUCCCCUGCAAAUAAAACCCAGUUUACGUA